AUGAGUUUAAAUUUUGGAGAAAUUGUAGAACCAUCUACCCGGGCCUUCUGGAAUGACUAUGAUGAGGAAGCGGCCGACGAAGAAACAACCCUCACUAAGUUGGAAUGGAUUUGGUACAACGAUCAGGAAGAAUCGAGCGAAGAGCAGGAGAUGCAGAAAACACUGCAUCCACCGUUCCACUUUGUCAUCGUCGAGGGUCAAAAAGUGGGCAGUUUCAUUGGAAAGGUACUCCAAAAUGGGCAGUGCAAACCCAUUUGUCAGCUAUCAUGUGGCACGGUUAGUGUGUUUCAUCUAACCACCGAAAAGCUGUUACUGUGCGUAUCGGAAGAGCUGGAUCCGAAUUUGUUCGGGCAGAUUGCACACCGAUUGUCGCGCUGGUUGGAUGCCGCGGAAACCGUAUCAACCGUUUCGUUGCAACCGGCCGUACUGUACAAGGGACUCUCCGAGCAUGAGCAGGAAAAGGUUUGCUUCAUCAAAGCGUUAACUGGUAUCCAAAUUCUAGACGACAUCGGACUCCUUGAAGCACCAAACGUUAUCACGGGCGUGGCGGCUGGUGUAGCUAGCUAUCGUAAAUUCGGCGGCAAGGACACUGCCGUUUACGGUUGCUAUUUGGACUCGGUCAUAUUGGAUUCAGUGUCAUCGGAACCGAUACUGCGACUGUUGAAAGCCCUACGAGUACCAUGUGCCGAUCGGUACGAGCUGAAAUUCAAAACGAGUUCUAAUCUUUAUCUAUAA